GUGUCAAUUAUAGUUAGAUGACACACCCACACCCACCCACACAAGACGAAGCACACACCAUCACACCGGUACGCUUUGCAACCUACUAGACACAAAACAGUUGCGUGUGAUCGAUAUAAAACCAGAACUGCACGCACACCUGUUCUUUAUGUAUUGUCGAUACAUCGCAUAGAUCACAGCAUAGACAGCCCGUGUCAGCGUCCUUUUGUAACGCAGAAGAACGGCUCCACGCUCCUUGCGUUUGCUUGGAAUUUUUUUUGUUUUUCUCGGUUCUAGAUGCAAACCUGCUUUACGUUCAAUGAAAGAUAACCAGCACUCACUCUCUCUUUCUCUAUUCAUAUAUACAUCUCGAUUCGCCAUAACAACGACAAGGAAGGCCCCGCUAAAUGCAUGGUUCAGAGCGGCAACUGCACGUUUACCAAAACGGUACGCGCACGGUGGUAAGGAUGAGCGAGACGAGGCUGAGCAGUUCGCCACCGCAUGGGUCUUCCUUGAUUGUGUCGCGUCACACUCCGACGCCUGCAGACGCUUCGUCGUGUAUUCAUGCUGAUUCGUGCGGCACUGCUUUGGCGACCUCAGCAAACUCCUUCUUAGGUUUUGCGGCCGCUAGCUCGUCUGAAAGUGCCCCCACCUCUGGAAGCGCUGCGGAGCACACCAUCAUCUCUCCCCCUCCUCGUCCUCCGUCAGGACAAUUUGCCGGCUUGCAUCAAUGCUCGUGCGAUAUGCCAUUUGGGAGAUCUGAGACGCUCGGCAGCGACGGACGCAAGUCACGACUACGCAGCGCCUUCGCCUCCGGCAUUGGUAUUUGCAGCUCUCACGGAAUCAGCCAGAGCCCGCUGGUGACGCUCCCCAACAGCGGUCUCACCUCGGCCAUCGCCCCGUCGACGCUGUCGGAUGCUCCGCUGUCCUGGCGGGUCAAUUCGUUUGCGAGAGGCGCGACAACCGCGGCAGAUGCGGAAGACGAGCUCGGUGGAAACGCAGAAAAGGUUGUGCCUCGCCUGAGCCGACCUGUUUCUUCUUUUCCGUCUCCUCCGGUCUCGAUAGCACGCGAUGACAGCUGCGUCUCCAGUUUGGCUGCGGAGGACAAGGCUGCUCGAUUCACCUUCAUUGAAUCUGAGCAGCAGAUCCAUCACGCCACAACGCCUACUUCGCAAAGUGGUAUGCCCACCGGUGAACAGAUGGAGGGGAUGAGGGAGGAAGCACGAGUGAUUGCAAACUCUUCCUCAGCCGACGUGAGCAGCGUGAGAGAGGGCGACAGACAGCUGCAACGGCCCGUGUCGCGUCGCCCUGGAGAGGUCGGUGUGGCUGAGCGUGCUCUCUUUCAAGAAAACGACAUCGACGACGACGCGGAGACGGAGGAGGAAGAAGGGGAGGUGAGCAGCAUUGUAGGGGAGAAGCGUGUAGAAAGCCUGCUGCGGCUUUCCAAUGAGACGUUGCAUCAACCAACGUCUCUAACGUCAUCGGGUGUUGCCGUCGAAACUAUCCUGGCGCACACACCGCAGCGUCCCUCGUCGGCUGAGGUUCGGGCAGAACCAGAAAAGAGCAUGAACGCAUCCCUGCUCCCAUCGGAUAUUAGCACUAGAGGCGGCGACGGCAGCAGCACUACGCUCAACUGCACUCGUGCACCAGAUCCUCUCAGUUCUAGUAACACGAACAAGCAGCACAACAGCCUUUCACACAAUGUAUCUCUCAAGCGGCAUUUUGCGGUACCUUCGAAUUCCGCUUUAACAGUGUCAACCAAUAGCUCCGUGCUGUCCGCCACAGUGGCGGAGUCGAGGUGCAUCGCAAACGUACGCAAUCGUGUUAACGAAACCAACGGAGGUGCAUCUGCUCACCGGACAGCGACAGGGAAGACGACGGGGACAUCAUGUGCCAGCGAAGACGAACGUACUCCUUCCGACAGCACCGUUAAACUUCUACCCGCUGACGUGCAACUCCACGCGGCGACACCGACGGUAACUGGAUGUGGCGAAAAAACUCCGAUGCCCACGCCGAUCCGGCGCGAUCUGCUGUGUCACUUGCUGACGCAGGCCGCCUCGGCCACCCUCCAUACCCCGCGCACGGCGUCUCCGUCCUUUGCAGCGCCGGCGGCGGGUGCCUCUACUCAGACGCCUACGCCGCAUCCGUCUCGCAGACUUGGGUCCAGCACCCCGAGCUGGGAGGGCCACGCACAGAUCACAGGCUUCCCCACGCCCGUGAAGCUCUCCCCCAUUCCCACAAAGGCCUAUGCCUUGUACGCGGAGUUAACCGCGUCCACCACUCGCGCGAGAGGCGUAGCGGAGCCACAGCAACCGGCUGUGCCGCCCUGCACACCGCCUAGACCGCCGCCCUCCCCGACGCUUUCCUCUAUUAGCAGCGAGGAUCAUUUGGUAACCCUUGCCCCGCUGGCUGCGCUCAGCUCCGAUAGAAAGAGUGAGGCAGAGGCUGAUGCAGAGGCGGUGCAGCCGUGCUCCCUGUCCAUCAAGAACGGUGCAGCGAAGGAAGAGGCCACGAUUGCCUGUCCCACCGUGGCUGAGCACACCGCAAAGAGCGCGAUACAAGACGAAAAGGGCACGGCGCAGCCAGACGCUUCCUGCCGCGUGCCGCACAGCACCAGCUCCGAGUGUUCGGUGUCACCCAUACGCGCUCGCGCCGAUCAGACGACGCGUGUUUGGAUGCCGCAGCCGGGUGAUGACUCGCCGGUGCAUCUCCGUCCCCUCUCAUCUGCCUCCUGCGUCAGUUUCUCCCAUGACGGAGCAGCGCGUCUCGCGGUGGCCCACGCACGUCCAAUCAGCCACGCACACCUCCCUUCUGUUUCGCCUGAACUGGUAGGGCAAUCCAGUCACGCCGAUUCGAGUGCGGCUGCGCACUGGACUGCUUCCUCCACGUCUCAGCAGUACUCGAGCAAUAGAAGCGAGGUCGAUGUGCGUGAGAGCACUGCAGAAACGGCGAGGCAAACGGAAACGCCGCUGCGACUCUCCCCACCGCAGUUGUUCUCAGGAGAGUGCGCGACGACGUCAGCCACACAGUUGUCACGCCAACUCUCUCAAUGCAUCGCCCUUCGUCGCUCCGCUCUCAGCCCUGAUGAGCUUGGAGGCUAUACUGUCGCGGCGCACAAGCCAAUGGAGCCGGCGUUGACCGGGCGAAUCAGUCCACGUCUUUUCACGGACACGCUCAACCUGGGCACACCGUCCGUAUCAAUGAUUCACUCCCCCGCGCAGGCGAUGAAUGAAAGUUGCUCCUUUCUGCUGUCACGGGCUGCCACGCCGUACAUACAGGCCUUGCCGAUUCCCGGGAUGCGUUCCUCCACACAACCGUCCAAAACGACAGGCGAACUAGGACUGGAGAAGAAGCCGCAGGCAAACACUGGAUCAUCGCUCCAGAGCGACAACAGCGCGACCGACCAACUGUUGCUUCGCUUGGACGGACUGCACGUGGACCAACGAGCACGGAAGCGGACGUUGCCACCGCACGCACCGCUCAUAUCCCCCGCGCUCGGUGAGGACGACGUGAACCAAAAUGCAAACAACGAUGCCGAAGACGGCACCACUCUUGGUACUCCAAACACUUCCGUUGUGAAACUCAGGCACCGCAAAUACAGUCCCAUCCUGUCACCGCCGUUUGAGGCGGAGUCCUGCGCCGUGGACAGGCACACGGCGGCUCUUCGAGAGAAUCACGGUACACAGACGAGCUGCGCUGCAGAUGGUACAACCUCCGCACACUUCGAUAGCUCUGUGAAGGACCGGCCUGACGUGCCACGGAAAGCGUCGUCGACUCGUACGCGCUCUCACGAAGCGCCGCUGGUGUCGGAGCUGCAAAAAAGCACUUUCAUGAGCAAAAAUCCUCUCUCGUUCUCGCUGGACGGCCAGCCGCAGUCCUCCUCACACUCGUGGAAUUCCGUAGCGGUAUCUCACCGCUAUCAACGACUUGGCCUCUCGUCGCUCACCGAAGGCGGCUGCCGAAGCAAGGAAGAGGAAGGGCACCACUGGAGUAGUCGACACUCUGUCGCUGCGAAGUCCUUGUCCUCCACGCGUUUUAUCGAUUCGUGGCUAUGA